UUCAAGUCUUUUUAUUGUUUAUCCACUUGAGAAUAUAGAAGCCAUGGGUUUCCGGCUGCCUGGAAUUGUUAGCCCCAAGAGAAGUCUUUCCCAAUAUUCAUCUAAUGCAAAGAAGACUGCUUCAAAGACCUUAGAUAUCCCAAAAGGCUAUUUUGCAGUCUAUGUCGGAGAGAGCCAGAAGAAGCGAUUUGUGAUUCCAAUAUCAUACGUGAACCAACCUUCAUUCAUGGAUUUGCUGAGUCAAGCUGAAGAAGAAUUUGGAUACGAUCAUCCCAUGGGCGGUAUCACAAUCCCUUGCAGUGAAGACACCUUCCUUGAGCUCACUUCCAGCUUGAGUGUGUGACUGAAAGAUGAGAUGAAAAUAUGAUCCAACUUGAUAUUCAAAAAGCAACCGAAUUUCAGACAUGCUGCUGAGUCAAGAUGAAGAAGAGGCGAGGGCAUGAUUCAUCUUCAACUGAAUCGGCAUACCUCUUUUGCUGAGGGGGAGCUUCUGUGACUUUAAAGCUGCAAUGGAGCUGAACUGAAAGAUACAAAAGUAAUGAAUUAGCAGACAAAUGGCAGUAUUGUAUGAAUCUUGUACAACAAUUUCUGCAAAAAUCUCGGUUCCAAUUUUGAACCGAAAGAAAGUAAAAUUCUGUAUGCGGCCCAUGUAAACUUCGCUCUACCAGGAUAUCACUCUGGAAACAAAUCAUACAGUCCAAUUCUGAUAAA